CUCAACUGAUGCCAUUUGCAGCUAGCCAAGUUGAACCGCAGGGACCAUUUGUAACGCUACUCCAUCGUGCAAACAACGGCAUCGGGGGGACGUCAUGCAGUAUUGCAGGUCAGUUAUAUUUGUUACUGUAUCAGUUUCUUGCGCAGAUUUAUUGUGGUUUGCGGCUAGCAAAACAUUCGACAUCGUAAGUUGGACCAAGUAUGUCAUUGAUUAUUAUGGAGCCGAACGUUGCAUAGGCUUCACCGAGCCGAUGAAGAAUAACUAUUACGCCAUCCAUGGUUCAUUCCCAGCAUGUUUUCAGAACAUAAAAAGCCAGCCGUCAGACUGCCGUCUUCCCUACCACGCACUACCUCAGAGUUAAUCGAGAACCUGUCUAAUAGAUCCCACAUCUCCUCGUACAUCUAAUGCGUUUCUCCUUUCUCGCCGUCGUGGCUGCUUUGACAGCAUCUAUGUCUGUCAGUGCGACACCAGCUGUUUUCAGCAGGGAUUCACAAUGCGCCGAGGUUGGCGG